UAAUGAAUAAAUAUUAAAGUGAUACCUAUCAUGUGAAAUGUCUUAAGUUAUUUUACGUUUUGAAAUCAGCAUGAACUGAUCGGUCUACAUAUAAAAUAAAGAAAAUCAUGUAAGAAUGAAUUCUUUAAGGAAUCUUUUCUAAAAAUGUAUAUUAUUCCAAAAAUAUUUUGAUCCUUGUUAUAGCAAAACUUCUCUGUUUCUAAAUUUCGCUUUUAUUUUAUUACUAUUAAAUUUUUAUAAACUUUCAAUUCUCCAACCAAAUCAAUUCAGAUAUAUAGGGUGAUUCAAAACCCCGCAAAAGAUAUAGGGUUCGGGAGGAAACAAAAUUAAGUGGGGUGGGAUGGAUAAUGCUAUUAAAUAAUGUUUGGAAACUCCAUCAUUGAAGAAUUAUUUUAGGCCCAUUUUAAAAUUUAAAAAGUGAGUUUCUCUUUCUUGGGGCAAUUCAUACAGUUUUUCUUCGUUUAAAUUCAUUAGCAUAUCAUUUUUUUAAAUGGCUCUUUAUUAGCAUGGGUAUGCCAUUUUCUUUGGAGGGAAAGGAGGUGCAUUAUUUGCAAUUUUUCCUCUAAUACUUUGCAGCGACAGUUAUUAUAUUUCACUUAUUGUAAAUUGAAUUAAGUUUUAUUAAAUUUCAUUUUAUUAUUCACUAGUCGUCUCACAUGACCAGCUGGUUUCCCGAGAAUGCUGGUUACAUUUGAUUUCAGAUAAAUCGUUUAGAUCUUACAUCCUGUUUGUAAUUCCGCCAAAUCAUUAUCUUGCAAAUUUUCUGCGCAUAGAUUUUUUUCCUGUGGAGAUCACAGUAGGCUAUUAUGCUGUCUAAUAAUAGGCUAAUUCAAACAUGGUACAUGGAGGCCUUACAGAUAAUAUUAAACGAGAGAGUAUCUAUAUUCCUCAAAAUUCUGUAAACUCAAGUAUUAUGCCUUUUAACUUAAAACUCUUCUAAUCUUCUUUUUCUUUUUUUUCUUUCUUCCCCUGACCCCCGUUUUCCCCACCUCAAAGUAUUUAGUGCGUUUCCAGGGCAAUCUCUUAAAAUUGUUGGUAUUAUAGUAAAAGUUCCACACUCUUUCCCCUGCCACUUAUGUGUUACAUAUUAUAGAGGUGAUAAUCCGAGCAGUUCGUAACGAUAAACGCCUAUGGCGAAAGCAAAUAGCUCUCGAUUCGAAAGCUGUAGAAUUUCGCCAUUUAGGAGCUAUUAAUUCGGAGUGACAGACCUGAAGCCAUUUAAGGUGUUGAAAAUGAAAAAUCAAAAACUGUAUGACGAGAAAGCAUUUAUAAUUUUUUUUUUCCUAGCAUAAAACCAAUAAAGAAGACGGAGCGUAAAAUCGAUGGUAAUUUACAGAAUUCAUCUCUGAGAUACCAAAGAUGCAUUGUGAGAAAACCUGUUGAAUGCUACAAUUCCAAAGUGUUUCCAUGAAAAAGAGAGCUGCCGCGGUGUCAUCGCAGUUUUCCUAGUGCAAGGAAUAACGAUAAGAAGGCAAUUCACAAAACGGAUACUAAAUGCGACGUAUCUUGGAAUCCGGAACAACGAUAAAGAAAAGAACAAUUCUUGUAACUCAAGUGGAAAAGAGUACUUUCAACAAACAAAUGUAAAAUUGCAUCUUUCCAUUUAGCGAUGGCAAAAACCUUUUGUAGGUACUGUAUGCGUGCAUGUAUUUGUGGGAACUUUUGAAAUUUCGUUUAAAAAUUGAAUAUGAAGGUAAAUCGGCUGCUUCUGAUUAAUAAUUAAUAUUUUUUUCGCAGCGAGUGCUUUUAAAACGUCAUUUUCUUAUGGCUUAUUCCAUGGAAAAGCCACGUCCUUAUGAUCUAUGCAAUCAAGCUGUUUCUCAGGAGGAAAUUUCAAAGGAGGGCUUACAUACUCCUUCACAAAAGAAAUCAUAUUCAUGCGAUGCUUGCGGUAAAGUAUUUUUUAAGUGGUGUCAUUUAAUUACCCAUAUACGCACACAUACGAAAGAGAAACCAUACACAUGUGUUGUGUGCUAUAAAGCAUUUUCUGACAAAUCGUCUUUUAACAAACAUAUUCGGACACAUACAAAAGAAAAACCGUACUCAUGUGAUGUGUGUCAUAGAGAAUUUUCUAUCAAAUCGUCUUUAAAUAGACAUAUUCGAACACAUACGAAAGAAAAACCGUACUCUUGUGAUAUGUGUUAUAAAACAUUUUCUAACAAUUCGUCUUUUAAUAGACAUAUUCAGACGCAUAAGAAACAAAAACGAUUUGCAUGUAACUUGUGUAAUAAAGCUUUUUCUGACAGCUGGUAUUUAAGAAUACAUUUGCGGGUGCACACGAAAGAGAAACCGUUUGCGUGUGUGAUUUGUAGUAAAGCAUUUGCUUGCAACUGGGAUUUGAAGAUGCAUUCACGGGUGCACACGAAAGAGAAACCUUUUACAUGUGUGAUUUGUAGUAACGUUUUUACUACCAAUUCGCAAUUAAAGAAUCAUUUACGGACGCACACGAACGAGAAACCUUACACAUGUGAUGAAUGCCAUAAAACAUUUGCUAACACUUCAAAUUUGAGAGAUCAUAUUCGGAUUCAUUCGAAAGAAAAACCCUACUCAUGCGAUGUGUGCAACAAAACUUUUACUUUGAAAUCGUAUUUAAGGUUACAUUUGCGGAUACACACGAAAGAGAAACCAUUUGCAUGUGUGAUUUGUAGUAAAGCAUUUAUUACCAAUUCGCAAUUAAAGAGGCAUUUGCGGACGCACACGAAAGAGAAACCAUUUGCAUGUGUGAUUUGUAGUAAAGCAUAUACUACAAACUCGCAAUUAAAGAGGCAUUUUCGGACACACACGGAAGAUAAACCAUAAGCUUGCUAACUGAUAUGAAACCCUUUUUUGUAACUUGUGUAAUGAAAGAUUUUUUUUGACGUCUGCUAAUUAAAAAGUCAUUUGCGAGCGCGUAUGGAAGAGAAACCGUUCAAUUAAAACAUUUUCAGUAAGAAAUUUCCUUGCUUAUGUUUUAAAUAGACAUUAGUGAAAGAUCAUAGCAAAAAUAGAAAUAAAAGAAAAUCGAUAUUUUUGAAGCUCUUUCUCUACAAAAGUGUCCCAUCUUAUCCCCCGCCUAGCACACAGAUAAAACACUGACUAAAUAUGUCUUUGCGGAUUAUGGAGUUUAAAGAUCUGUUUAAAAAGUAUAAAUCAUACUUAAGGUAUUUAAGUUAAUAUUAAAAGUGGAAUAAUUUAUAAAUGAAUAUGAUUCCAUUGUGAUUAACAAAAUAUUCAUGCCAGUUUUAGUUAUUCACUUAUCAUUCAUUAGUUUCUUUAUAGUAAUAUCAUAUAUAUUUGACAUUUUAGAAAAUUGUUUCUUUUUUCUUUUACAGUACUUGCACGCUUUAAUUUCAUUUCAAUGCAAUUGCAAACACAUGGAAAGCGUGUUCUUUUGAAAUACGCAUUUAAAUCGUUUUGAGCGUGAACGUUUUAAGAAUAUAUAAACAAUGUGAAAGAAAUUCGCGAUGGAAAUUUUACACAAAAUGCGGCUAAAAAUAAAAAAUAAAAAGUUUUUUUAAAAAAAACUUUUACUUGAAAUAUUAAUUCUAAUUUAGUAUAACACAAUAUAUUGAUGAAUUUAUUUAUGUUUAUUGUUGUUUACUUUUUUCUGUGAC